AUGGAACCUGAAAUUCAACCUCAUCCUGCAGCAGCUACUGUGGUCGACUUUUCUGAUUGGGCUUGCAAUACAAACGAGUGUACUCAAAUAAGCCUAGUUGAACCACAACGGGGUGAUAGUGAUUCUUUAGCACCUGUUCAUUCAACUACAUUUCACCCAGACUUUACAUAUCCUAUCUUUGGUGAUCAUGAAACUGCAUUUGGCUAUAAAGACCUUUCCAUUCAGAUCAAAUACACGUCUGGCUCUUUACGACCAUAUCUAAAGAUACAUUAUUCACAAAAAUAUCCUUCUUUGGCUUCUGCCAAUGCCGACGACCUAUCAAAAACACUUUCAGAACAUUUACCCGCUCACUACUUGACAAAUGAAGAUCAAUUUAUAAGUACUGUCAAGCACGAUUAUGAAACAUUUAGACCUUUGGGUGAAAAAGUCCAAGAAUACACUCGAGAAUCCAAUGAUGGCACAAUGGAAUAUUUUGAAAUAUACAAGAACUCUUUUUCAAACGAGAAGUUUAGAGAAUACCAUGCUCGUAUGCAACUGUUUGUCUUGUUAUUUGUUGAAGGCAUGAGUUAUAUAGAGGACGAUGAUCAAAAAUGGGAAAUUUAUACAGUAUACAAGCGUGAAAAAGCAAGCGAAUCGUUUGCUUAUCAUUUUGUGGGUUAUUGUACUACUUAUCCAUUUUAUUGUUGGCCAGAAAAUACAAGAAUGAGAAUAAGUCAAUUCUUGAUAUUGCCACCCUAUAAAAAGAAGGGACAUGGAAGUAAACUUUAUCAAACAAUCUAUGAACUCUUUAGAUCAAGAACAGAGAUAUGCGAAAUUACAGUAGAGGAUCCUAAUGAAGAAUUCUCAGAUAUGAGAGAUAAAAAUGACAUUCGAUAUUUGUUGGAACACGAAGCUUUUAAGGGACUCAAGGCACCUGUAUCAGCAGAAAAGAUUGAACAAUUAUGUAGCAUAUUUAAAUUGACCAAUCGACAAACUCAGCGUUGUAUUGAAAUGUACUUGUUAUCCAACGUAAACAAGUUGAAUGAAGAAGAAUAUAAAGCAUACAGACUGCAAGUGAAAAAGCGUCUUUAUUCUUUUAAUUUUGAUGUUCUUCGAGAAAUGGAAGAAGAAGAACGAAAAGACAAGCUUCACCAGACAUACUUAGCAGUUGAAGAAGAUUAUCAUCGAUUACUGGAAAUUAUUUAA